GUCGGUUGUUCCCCCCGAGUUUCCAAUCAUGCUUUCCCUGGCGGUGAAUUUGAGCCUCGUUGCCUUGGUCUCGAAGCGAAUCUUCUGCACGGAGCCCUUCCGGGUGCCUUUGGCUGGGCAGAUCCAAACGUGCUGCUUCGACAAGACCGGGACGCUCACGAGCGACUCCAUGGAGGUUGGCGGGGUCCACGGCCUGGAGUACCCUGCUCCGCCACUGGUGGAGGCUGUGGAUGAGAAGGAGGUCAGAGAUGUGGUGUCUCCUCCUCUCCAGCAGACGCCACUGGACUCGGGGCACGGGGAAGAGAGUUGUUACUGCAAAGAUCUGGAGGCUACGUUGUCGGAAGCCGCGACUGUGGUGUUGUCCGAUUCGCCGAUGUUGGAUAGCCCAGCUAUUGGGCUACAUGGGUAUUAUUUCAAGCGUGUGCGCCCAUCCAAUGCCACGUCCAACACGAGCGGAGACACAGUGGUGGACCAAGGCCUCAACGCAAUUCCAGACUACACUCAGGCAGCACGGUUGGCCUUGGCCAGUGGGGCCGCCCUUUGCCUACUGCCCCCAGCAGCCUGCAGCUCAGUUCGGAAAAGGCGGCUGACGGCCGAGGAGUUGAAGAGGCGUUAUUCUACUAUGACACAGCGGCUGGUAAAGCUGGUGCCGUAG